AUGUUGCGCGCCUUUUCUGGCAGCUGCCUCUCCCUAGAGGACAUGAAGACUGUGCGUCGUCCGAACUUAGUAAAACGGCCGCACCUAUUGGGCCCUGGUGUUGAUUUUUUCACCGAAGAUGGCCAGCCUGUACGCCCUCAGCCCGGUGCACACACUCUUCAGAAGGUCUUUUCUGGCAGCGCUUUGGAUCUGAACGCAGUGAAUGGUGACGUUCUCUCCGAGGAGGAGGCGCCCCAGACGAAUAAUAUGCAACAGCAUCUGCGGCAGCAGUACGUGUCGCCUGGGGCGACAGUAUCGACGAUUCUUCAUCAAUUGUCCACGGAAACAGAGAAGGAGCGGGCCAAGAGUUCAAAAAAUAAGACAAAUGUCUUGGUUAUUGGGGGGAUUGGGUAUAUAUCCAGUCAUGUUGUGGCAAAGCUCCUUGACGCAGGUUACACGGUUCGUGUAACAGUGGCCGAUGCACUAAGCGAACAACAACAAAUGGAUUUUUACUCCAUGGACCGUGGUCCGGAACGUCGGUUGACCAUCUUGGAAGCGGACAUGACCAACGCAGCCACCUUCCGUGAUGCCAUGCGUGGGUGCAAGUAUGUUAUCCAUUGUGGCUGCCCCACAACCCCCGGUGACAAGGAUCCGGUGGCCUUUCACACAAGUGCCAUUCGCGCCCUUUUUGACGCUAUCCGAUCCACAGGGAAGUCUACAGUGAAGCGAGUUUUAAUUACGGGAGCAUCAUCCUCGGUGUUUCACAUCACGGAUCCAUAUCCUCCCUCUGGUGCCUUUGACGAAUCCUGUUGGAAUACAGUAGCUAAUGCUGCGACGGAUCCCAUUCCAUAUGCACGAAUUUGCUUUGAAAAGGAGGCUUGGAGGAUGAAGCAAAUGAUUGGUGUGGAAUUAGUAGUAAUACUACCCUCCAUCACCAUUGGACCAAGUCGUACGGAGGAAAUUAGUAACGCCAUGAUGCAAAUUCAAGAGUUAGCCAAUGCGUCUCCCUACUUCCCGUAUGCCGCCAACUUGUACUGGAAUUACGUGGACGUGCGUGACGUUGCUGAGGCGCAUGUACGAGCACUGGAAUGCCAAGAAGUUAAAGACCAACGUGUUAUAGUGUCCAACGGCUGUUUUAGUUACGCUGAAAUUGCACAGAUGAUUAAGGAAGCGUACCCACACCUGACGCCUCCUACACGUACCGCAAAUACGUUGAUGACGCUCCUCAUUGGUGCCACGCAAUCGCAAGUAAAGAUGGGAUUUCUUUGGCGCUUUGUAGGUGUUCGAAAGUGUCUGCAAACGCGCAGAGCGAUGGUGGAUUUGGACAUGACCUUUACCCCUAUGAAGGAGACGAUCCAGGUGUGCAUUGAACAACUGAUUCGCGCAGGUGAGGUUCCUGCACCAAAUGCUCCGCGUUCGAUGAGCACUGGCAAACUCGUUGCCGUGACCACAGUGACAAGCCUGCUUCUCACCGCUGCUGUAGCGGUGGUAUGGGGUGUAGCGCGGACGAGGAGGAGGCAAAAUUGA